GGUAGCAGUUAUUCUUCCCCUUGCUAGAAAGCUUAGAGAUUAGCUUUUUUUAGACAGGUUUUAAAGGCAAUUUUCUUGCACGCUUUUUUAAAAUGGAAUUAUUGUUGAUUUUAUCCCUUGCCUUAUCUGUUUUCCAGUUUGGAUUAUGCCACAGGUCUCCAACUGCUUAUAAACGUCGUUCUAACAAAUCGGCAAUAUUGACUUCAACGUCUUUGGCACAGGAGCUCGGUCACAUUCAACACCACUUGGAAGAUGUUGUUGGCCAACUAGACGUCAACCAGAUGGCUGAAGAUGAACUGAGGUUCCUGUAUUUCAAGAUGCACGACAGCGAUGACAACAAUAAGUUAGAUGGAUGUGAGCUUGUGAAUCCUCUGCUACACUGGCAUGUGGAAGAACACAAACAUUUGUCUCCAGAUCCUUCCUUCGACGGAAAGACAAAAAUCUUCAGCAACGACGAACUUGCUAUGUUUAUCGAU